GCUCAUAGGCAAAGUUUCAUUGGGGCUACUGCCCACUGGAUAGAGCCAGAUACCCUAGAAAGAAAGUCUGUGGCUCUGGCUUGUAAAAGGCUGAAAGGGACACAUUCUUAUGAUGUGUUAGCCAGUGCGCUUAAUGAUAUUCAUAGUGAGUAUAACAUCCGUGAAAAAAUUGUUAGGACCACAACAGAUAAUGCCUCAAACUUUAUUAAGGCCUUCCGAGUUUAUGCAUGUGAAGAUGAAGGAAGUUCAAUUACAGAUGAGAGUAAAGGUGUGGAUGACAGUGAAGAGGAGGAUGCAGAAGAGGAGACAGAGGGUGUUGAAGUGGAAGCUUUGAUGGAGGAAGAAGAUGAGUGUUCUGAAUAACAGCUUCCAAAGCAUCACCGUUGUGCCUGUCAUAUUCAGAAUUUGAUCUCAACCGUAGAUGCUAGAAAAGCUGAAUCAAAUGCUAUGUACAAGAAGGUAUCUCGUGCAGCAUUUGCCAAGUGCUCAGCUCUUUGGAAUAAGAGUUCCCGGUCAUCUACAGCUGCAGAGGUUAUUGAGAGGGAGUGCAAGCUGCAAUUGAUCCGUCCAGUUGAGACCAGGUGGAACUCUCUCUUCCUUGCAGUUGAGCGAAUACUGAGGAUAAUUAGGGAAAGUGGAGAAGGAGCAGUCAGAGCAGUGACCAUUGCACUUAACGUCCCAAUGUAAGUUUGUCAUGGAGCAGAUACGUAGUUGUGAUGUGGUAGGCUAUUGAUUGUGUAAAAUAAUGUUGUUUACUAAUGAUUUACUCCAUUUAAUUGAACUGAAAUAGUGUAGCCUAUGCUUAUCAUGCUGACAUUAUGCAUGUUCUCACAUGGUGUUUUACAGGUUCAGCCUGCAGAACUUGCUUUCUUGUCUGACUAUGCAUCAACCAUGAGCCCAGUCUCUAAGGCACUCAACAUAUUGCAGGGAGAGGUGGAUGUCCACAUGGGAUGGCUGGUACCCACUAUAGCGCUCCUAACUGUGAAGCUGGACCGCCUCCAAACUUCAUCCAAGUUCUGCCAGCCACUGAUCUCUGCUCUUCAGGAAGGAAUACAGCAGCGGUUUGGAAAAAUGAUGAAUGACCCAGAACUCAUAUCUGCUGCAAUUUUACUUCCUAAGUUCCGCACAUCAUGGACAAGCAAUGAAAACUUGCUAAAGUUGGGCAUGGACUACAUCAAGACACACAUGGAGGAAGAGUCAGCCUUAUCAUCACCUGGUAGCCAUUCUGGAUCUGAGGAGGAAGACUUUUUUGGCCUUAUGAAGGGAAAUGUCCACGAAACCACAAAACAGUUGGAUGCCUAUCUGGCCAACACUUCUACCUCAGUGGACAUACUCAAGUCAGUGCCCGCAGUUUUUAAUUUGUCCCUGAAGCUCAACACACCACUGCUCCCAUCAGCAGCAUGCAAACGAAUGUUUAGCACAGCAGGGCACAUUUUUUCUGCAAAAAGAGGCAGGCUAGUAUCAAAAAACUUUGAGAACCAAAUUUUGUUGAAAUUGAACAAAAACUAUUGGUAAUGCUAUGCGGAACCAAAUACAGUAUUAGGGCUCUAAUACUCUCAUGUUCUAUAGGGGCAUUUUGCCCUUUUGACCUUUGAUUGCCUGGCCAAAAUUUUUAUUUGAAGGUCCUUUGUUUUUAAGUUUCUUAUCGUAGCAUCUGCCUUUAUAUUGACUUCAUUGUUUUUUUUUUUUGUCCUGUUAAUGUUAUAUUAGGUUGAUCAGAGUUCUAAAUAGCAAUAUUGCUUGCAUGUUUUAAGAGAAGCACUCACCCUUGUCAAAUUUUGUUUGGUGCUUAUUUUUUUCUCAUUCUAAUGUGUUAUACAUUAUUAGCGUAAUGCUUUUGGAUUUUCUGUCAUCAAUGGAGUAUAAGCCUCAAAUGCAGUUUUAGCAAAAAUUUCCCCAUGCAGGCCAAGGUAAAGGACUAAAGCAACUGCUGUUGAGCAGAAUAAACUGGUCAUACAAAUUUGAUUAAAGUGUUCAGAAUAACACUCACCUGUGUACUUUUGAGUUUUUUUUUACUGCAGUAUAGUAAAAAUAAAAUAAUUUGUAUGUCAUAAUUGGCUUAGCUUAAUUAAUAUUUAAUGAGUAAUAAGUAAAUAACCAGAUUUUUACAGUGUGUCAGUAUUGCAGAGAGC